AUGAAGUCCCUGAUGCCACUUAUAGCCAGCUUGCUGUUCACAAGCACAACGGCUUUCCGCCCUAGCCAGCCAGUCACUGGCCAUCUCGAGGGAGGUCUCAAGCAUCGCUCGUCAGACCGUCGACAAGAGACCGGGAAGAAAAGCCUCACAAGAGUACCGUUGGAAGUUGACUCGAGGAAUAACGGAAAAACCGAACUCCAAUGGAUGGCAACCAUCACGGUCGGCACCCCUCCUCAGACAUUCAAAGUCGUUGUAGACACUGGAUCAACCGCUAUUGUCCUCCCUCGUAACAACUGCACCAACUGCGGCAAACACUCGCUCUUUAACCCAUCCAAAUCCACAUCAUUUUUGCCCCAACCUGCACUUUUUCGUCCCAUCGAGUACGGCACUGGUGCAGACACUAUCCCUCUCAAUCAAACCGGCCGAGCAGAAUGCGAAGUCGUCACCGACACUGUCUCGAUACAGGGUCUUUCUACCCCGAAACAGGAGUUCUUGCUUUGUCAUAGCUACGGCGAGACUCUGUCUUCCCAACUUGCCGACGGAAUCCUCGGCAUUGGUCCUGCUGACAUCUCGGCUUGGGACGAAAGCGGGAACUAUACCUAUCUCCCCUUUCUACCCAACCUCGUCAGUGAGGGGCAGCUCUCAAACAAGAUCGUUGGUCUUGCCCUCGGGUCUGGUGGCCAGAACCAGCAACAGCGCGGUCCUGAAGCCUCCAUCGGCGGCGUCGACGAUGCGCGCUAUCAUGGCCGUAUCAAGAACGUCAGUGUCGAUGAAAUGCUCACCACUCUCUCGGGUGUGUUUACACUAGAUGUACAAGCUGCCUACAUCGGCUCCGGAAAUAACAAGCGAGUAUGGCCCAACUCAACCAACGGCAACAAGCCACUCGUGCCGGGGGUUGCUUACAUCGACUCAGGGACCGCCUACAUGCUGGCUCCUGACCAACAAGCAGCCGAGAAUCUCUACUCGGGCAUUUCCAAGGACAUCGUCCCCCUCAAUGAUAGGGGAUCAUGGGGUGCGAGUUGUGCUACGCUGGAUGAAGUGGCGACGGACAUCACGUUCACUGUCGGGACGAAAACCAGAGGCGAGGUGAUUGAAGUGACUAUGCCGAAGAGUGCAUUUAACCUGGGUGAGUAUCCUGGCAAGAAGGGGGUGUGUCAGGCGGCGUUUUCUCACUGGGAUCCUCCCUUAAUUGAGCCUGUUGAGGGCCGUCGGCUGUGGUUGUUUGGAAGCCCUUUAAUCAAGGCUUAUUACACGGUUUGGAAUUCCAAGAGUAGCACGCUUGGUUGGGCCGAGAAAGUUUAG